AUGGCAGCCUUUGUUCCUCCAUCUCCUGCCGCGGCGACGACCCUACCGGCGGCCGGUUCUACCCCGACCACCGCCGACAAGACAAAAGUGGACUACUUGAAUCUCCCCUGCCCCAUUGCGUACGAAGAAAUCCACCGCGAUGCCCUCAACGGGAGAUUAACUGCAAGAAUGAAGUGUGAUUUGACUGAUAAUCUUGCUCUGAGGGCCAAUGCUCAACUUACAAAUGAACCACAUAUGUCACAAGGCAUGUUCAAUUUUGAUUAUAAGGGAUCAGACUAUAGGACUCAGUUUCAACUAGGAAAUGGUGCUUUACUUGGUGCAAGUUACAUCCAGAGUGUGACUCCUCAUUUGUCAUUGGGUGGUGAAAUAUUCUGGGCUGGUCAACAUCGGAAAUCUGGCCUCGGUUAUGCUGCUCGUUACAGCACUGACAAGAUGGUUGCAGCCGGUCAAGUUGCUAGCACUGGUAUGGUUGCACUAAGCUGUGUUCAAAAAGUGUCUGAAAAGGUUUCUCUAGCAUCAGAUUUUAUGUACAACGCAAUGUCUAGAGAUGUCACGACCAGCUUUGGAUAUGAUUAUAUACUACGCCAGUGUCAAUUACGAGGAAAGAUAGAUUCGAACGGUGUUGUGGCUGCUUUUCUGGAGGAGCGUUUUAAUAUGGGACUCAAUUUUAUUCUUUCGGCUGAGAUAGAUCAUAAGAAGAAGGAUUACAAGUUUGGAUUUGGACUGACAGUCGGAGAAUAG